AUGAAUACUGGUAAUAUACAACCAGUUUAUGGCCAAUAUCAACCCAAUUCAGGUGCAAAUAAUGGUUACAAUUUUGGCGUCAAUUCAACGGGUAAUCGCAACAACUGUAUGGACACGACUUCCAGUCAACCAAACCUAACACAUACAUCGGGUGCACAGACUGGAUGGCUAUAUACUGAACCCGUAACGCCAAGUUACGGGACAUCCACUUUAGUCCACUCGAUUGAAAGUACUUACAGUCCUUUGGUUACCGAUACUAUUAAUACGGAUAACUUAAUACAUCCUGUUUUGCAAGACUUAGUUGAUCAAGAGUCGCCAACCAAUGAAGGAACAGUAGGUCAGGGACUGGAAUAUACGUAUACAAACGGAGCCCUUACUCAACAACAACCCCAACCAUCAGCUAUUACUACAACGGCAGUCGAUUUCAAUCAGAAAUCACUUGUAUUACAAACCGAUGCAACCAAUAAUAUACUACGGAAUCAAACGGACAACUCAGCCGAUAAUAUUGUCCACGAUGUGAUUCACACAUUAAUUAAAAAAAUUAACCUUGGUUUGAUUACCACUACUAACGGAAAUCCAUUAUUAGCCAAAAUGAAAAAAGCUCAAAUGCACGAGAAAGAAGCCCAACAAAUAAUCAAUGAGAUUGCGGACGGGAUAAUGCAAAAUCCUGAUAUGCUUAAGCAGUUGUUAGAUAUGGUUGGACUGAAAGUGGAGGCAGAGGCCGUGGUCAAGAUGCUCAUAACGAAGGAGCCCUGGGAGUGCACCACUGAUAGUGAGCUGAAAGUGAUGGAGGCGUCUAUACUGCGAUCGGGAAACUCGCGAUACUUUCAAAUGAGUUCUCAUCCCAGGGGUCGGGCCAUCAUAUUUAUGACCAAAGAUGGCCUGGACGUCGAGAUAUCGCGGUGGUAUUCCAUUUUUGGGCAGUUAGACUUCAAGUGCGAAAUAUAUAUAAACGCCACGUGCUCUGAGAUUAAGGAUAAGCUGUUGGGGGUGUCGUGUCAGAAGUUCGUCGCCCACGCCUUGUUUGUGAUGGUUAUCGGCACCGGAUUUGAUCAGAGAAUCUACGGUUACGGCGAUCGUCGCGACAAUGAGAUGUUGUUCACAGAAAUUGUGGACAUAUUCUCCGCUAAUAAUCCUAAGAGUGAUGUCUCUCUUCGGAUGAAACCGAAAAUAUUUGUUUUCAACACUUUCUCUAUU